UCAGAAUUCCAUGAUGGCAGGAUUCAAUCGGAGCUUCACUAUAAGAGGAUAAGAAGAAGAUGAAGAAAUUAGGAUCAGCUUUCAAGCAUUCGUUGAUAGCGAGCCCGCCACUCCUGAUCGUCCGUCACGCGAUCAGCAGGAACUAUUGACUCCAUCUGAUGACUAGCAAGGAACUUCUGACAGAGCAGUCGACGAUUUUAUCGAUCACCAACAAAAUACUAACUUUGAUACCUAUAAUGGAACUGAGCACAGUGGAAACGAUAUUUAAGAUGCUUCAACCGAGGGGCCAGUUGGAAGUUCGGACGACCCAGCGACGUAAACACCUUAAACUGAUCAGUUGCCUCCUACAACCGCACGACUCAGCAUUCAUUUAGGUCUUAGAUAUUUUUUACCAAGAGAUGCAGACAAUAGGGUAACCGAUAACUUUCUUGGCACUUCACUAGAUGCUUUAGCUCAACACCUUGCGCGUUCGAUGUCCUUACAGCUUCCUCAAACAGAAGAAGAUCCGUUGAGAGUUCAAAAUGCCCCCAGUGUUGCGCUUCAAGAUGACGGAGUUGAUGUAGAUAAUUCUGAAGACGAUGAAUCUCUUGAGGAUUCAGGAGACGUUGAUGAUGACGGAGUUGAUAUAUUUGAGAAUUUUGAAGACGAUGAAUCUCCUGAGGAUUCAGGAGACGAUUCUAGCGAGGAUUUAUUUUAUAUUAACGCGCUAGAUUUGCUCUCUAUUGAACUGCUGCUUCUUCCUGCCAUCGGGACAUUCACCGACUUCCUUGGCGAAACGAGCCAGUCUUCAAGUUCAGACGGUGCGCUACCACGAGAUAUUUUGAGUUCGUUGAUUGCGUUUAAACUUGGUGAAGGAAGUGAAUUUGUUGGAAGCAAAUGCGCAGUUUGCCUGGAAGACAUGUUGGACCGCUGCAAAGUACUAAAGCUCACGUGCAAUCACGUAUUUCACGAAGGCUGUCUCUUGCCGUGGUUUGCGAUUAGGUCAACUUGCCCCGUGUGCAGAAGCAAGGUGGAGAUGCAGCGCAGUGGAGAUCCUGGUACUUCAUUACAGGAAUAGUCACAAACUGAAGAGAUUAAUGAAGAGGAAAACGUGGACUGCGGUAUUGAAGAUGAAUUUCGUGUCUCGAAAAAGCGGAAACGUACAGAUUGAAACGCGUUGUUGAUGACUGAAUCUGAAAUACCCAUAGCGUGAGCAUAAAUCUGAGCCAAAUUAAUUAUCUGGUUGACUUCAUAACAAGCAGUUUCGUAUCAGUUAAUCCGUUAGAUCCGUUAAGCAGUUAAUUAAUGAUAAAUUUCUACACUAAAAAAAUGAUAUUUUGUUUUUGUGAAGAAAUCGUACAUUUUUCCCAAAAGAAAAAAAAAGAAAUUUAAUUCCUUGAAAAUAACCACACAAUCCAACGUAAGUCAAAAGUGAAAUCAUAAAAAAGUUAAAAAAGAAAUAGCAGAACUGAGGCGUUAAUGAAGAGAUAAAAAUAACUAAAAUGGGACAGCGAGGAUAAUGUGAAGACAUUGGAGAGAGCGUGGACUUAUUAAUAUUCAGCAAAAUUAUUGUGGCAUUGUAAGUGCUAUUAUAAAGCCUAAAUUUGGGGUCCUAAAACAAGUUGUCUAAACCUAUGCAUAAUUGUCUACGUGAAUAUGAAAGUUGUGUUGUAGUCUCAUUGUGCGUACGAGAAGU